UCUUUCGCGAAACUGGAGCGUCAUUAGAGUCUGCGACAAAGCAAGCAGACGUGAGAUAUUGAAUUGAAUAUCUAAGAAUGGCAUUUAAAUCAGUGUUCGAUUCUUCUGUUGUUAGAGCUGAAUUCGAGAAAGCUGGUAUCAAUACUCGAUUCAUCCCUCUCAUCUGGAAGCAUGUGAUACAGAACCCUAAUUGCCAAUGGGAUGAUAUUCCAUCUCUGCCAUCAGGGGCAUACCCUCUGCUUCGUUCCAAAUUUGCACCUUUAACUUCUACCCUUCACUCUGCCGUUGAAUCAAACGACGGUGUUACCACCAAGCUGCUCAUCAAGUUGCAGAAUGGAGCAUUUGUGGAGGCUGUUAUCAUGAGAUAUGACACACGCUUGGGAAAAAUUAAUGGAAAGCCUCGUCCUGGUGGACCUAGAUCAACCCUGUGCAUAUCCUCUCAGGUUGGAUGCAAAAUGGGCUGCAGAUUUUGUGCAACAGGAAGCAUGGGAUUCAAAAAUAAUCUCUCGUCAGGGGAGAUAGUUGAGCAGUUGGUGCAUGCUUCUCGUUUGUCACCCAUACGCAAUGUUGUUUUCAUGGGAAUGGGAGAGCCAUUAAACAAUUAUUCUGCCCUUGUAGAGGCUAUCAAAGUUAUGAUAACAUCCCCAUUUCAGUUGUCUCCAAGGAAAAUUACUGUCUCAACGGUUGGCAUCAUCCAUGCCAUUAACAAGCUCCACAAUGAUGUCCCAAAUAUAAACCUUGCUGUGUCUCUGCAUGCACCAGUUCAGGACAUCCGGUGUCAGAUAAUGCCUGCAGCCAGGGCUUUUCCUUUGGAGAGACUGAUGGAUGCAUUGCAAGCGUAUCAAAAGCGCAGCCAGCAAAAAAUCUUUAUUGAAUACAUAAUGCUUGAUGGAGUGAAUGAUGAGGAGCAGCAUGCCCACCAGCUUGGAAAGUUGUUAGAGACAUUUCAAGUGGUUGUGAACCUGAUACCUUUUAAUCCUAUCGGUUCACUGAGUGACUUCAAAACGAGUAAUGAUCAGAAAGUGAUCAUAUUUCAGAAAAGUUUGAGGGAUAUUUAUGGCAUUCGAACAACAGUUCGUAAGCAAAUGGGGCAAGACAUAAGUGGUGCUUGUGGUCAGUUAGUAGUUAAUUUACCAAACAAGCAGUCUGUAGGCCACACAGAUGUCUUAACUGACAUUGAAGAUCUUCGCAUCUAAAGAUCCCAUUAUUCAAGACAACAUUUAUCCCUUCUGAAGAUCUUUUUUUGACAACAUUGGAUUUCAUAGGGAGCAGAAAUUGGAAUUCCUUCACAGUUCACUUAGAACUAUGCAUGAGAACCUGUUAUAAUCAUGUCUGGUUUCCUAUCCAGGAUCAGAAUAUAUACAUAUGCAGAUUGUAAUAUUUGUAGAUGGCACUGCAACAUACACUACAUAGCCUAAAUGUGUUUAUAUGUACUCUGUUUUGUUAUCGAAUAGUGCAAGAAGUGUUGUGACCUCUUCUCAA